AUGGGUGUAAUUCCCCGAGAGAUUGGCAAACUGCAUGGUUUGAAGGUUCUCGUGUUGGGGCGUAACAACUUGACAGGUACGAUUCCACGCGAGAUAGGCAAUCUGCAAAGCCUGCAGGGGCUCAAUCUGGAAUGGAAUCAAAUCGCGGGAAGCAUUCCAAAAGAAAUCGGGAAUUUGACGAUGCUUACUGAGCUCUACUUCGCCAACAACUCCUUGACAGGUACAAUACCACCAGAGAUGGGUAACCUUUACCAACUCGAGAAUCUUCAGUUACCUUCUAAUGGCUUGAAUGGCUCCAUUCCCCCUGGCAUCUUCAACCUCUCAGCAUUGCGGAAUAUUGCACUUGAAUUUAAUCUUCUAUCGGGAAAUCUUCCGCGCGAUCUAGGACACAGACUGCCCAAGUUAUGGGCCAUGGGUCUCCAACUGAAUAACCUUGGUGGAGUUAUACCAGUGUCCAUUUCAAACUGUUCCAAAUUAACAUUUCUAGAACUUUCAACUAACGGAUUCACUGGUUCCAUUCCUGACGCCCUCGGGGACCUUAGACUUCUGCAAUUUCUAGAUCUGUAUGGCAACAAUUUAACAAGUGAUCCUACAUCUAUGGAGCUGAGCUUCAUCACUUCAUUGACAAAAUGCAAAAACUUGGUUUAUUUAUACCUGGGCCCAAAUCCGUUAAAUGGGCUUCUUCCAGCUUCCAUUGGGAAUCUCUCCGCUUCUCUACAGAUAUUGUAUAUAUAUUCUAGUGGAAUCAAGGGCACCAUACCAAGUCAAACUGGCAACUUGACCAAUUUGCUAUUGCUUGAUCUACAAUCGAAUCACUUGACCGGAGGCAUCCCAGCAGCAUUCAAAAAUCUACAGAACCUGCAAGGUUUGACCGUGGGAGAUAAUAAUCUUAACGACACCUUAGAUAAACUUUGCAGUUUGCAUAGCUUGAAUUCAGUAGAUCUGACCACAAACCAGUUUUCUGGGUCUAUACCAGAAUGCUUUGGUAAUAUGACUUCUCUUCGGAAACUUGAUCUAGGAAACAACUUUUUAGCCUCUGCCAUACCUAAUAGUUUUUGGAACCUCAAAGAUCUCUUGCAGUUGAACUUAUCCUCAAACUCCCUUAAUGCUUCCUUGCCUCUUGAAGUUGGAACUCUGAAAGCUGUAACAUCUAUAGACAUAUCAGCGAAUCAAUUCUCCGGUGACAUUCCUAGCACAACAGGUGAUUUGCAAUACCUGUUGAUUUUAAAUUUAUCCCAAAACCAAUUUCAUGGAUCUAUCCCAGAGUCAUUUGGCAAUAUGCUCAGCUUGCAAGGACUUUACUUAUCGCACAACAAUCUUUCUGGCUACAUACCGAAGUCAUUGGAGGCACUUCGGGACCUCAAAGAGCUUGACGUUUCUUAUAACCAUUUAAGUGGUGAAAUUCCUUCUGGUGGUCACUUUAGGAACUUUACUGCUGAAUCUUUUCUGUUCAAUGAAGCAUUGUGCGGAGAUUCCAGGUUUCAUGUGCCGCCUUGCCCAAGACCUAAUUCAAUUCACAGGUCAAGAAUUAAAAAGGUGCUUCUAUUUGUAUUUGCUCCUCUGGGACUCGCUUCUGUGGUUGUCGCAGCCUUAGCAAUUGUCUUCAGAAGAUAUUGGAAGAAAUAUCGGGAUUCCAAAGGAGUAAACAUGGUAUUAGUGCCAACGCAAGAAAGAGUUUCGUACUAUGAACUUCUUCGAGCAACUGAUGGCUACAGUGAAAGCAAUUUGCUUGGCAUUGGGAGUUUUGGAUCUGUUUACAAGGGGAUUCUCAAUGACGGAAGGUCUAUUGCUGUAAAGGUUUUCAAUUUGGAAUUGGAAGGAGUACUCAAGAGCUUUGAUGUAGAGUGCGAAGUCCUGAAGAACCUUCGCCAUCGAAAUCUUGUGAAGGUCAUCAGCGGUUGUUGGAACCAGGAUUUUAGGGCCUUGGUGCUUGAAUACAUGUGCAAUGGAAGCCUUGAGAAGUGGCUGUAUUCUGACAACUAUUUCUUAGAUACUCAACAGAGAUUGAAUAUAAUGAUAGAUGUGGCAAGUGCAGUGCAAUAUCUGCACGAAGAAUAUUCGACGCCUGUGAUUCACUGUGAUUUGAAGCCCAGCAAUGUCUUACUUGAUGAAGAUACGGUUGCCCACGUCAGCGACUUUGGUAUUGCAAAAAUGCUGGAAAAGGAGGAAAGCUUUGCAUGGACCAAGACCUUAGCUACAAUUGGCUACAUUGCUCCAGAGUAUGGAUCUGAGGGGUUGAUAUCAGCAAAAUGCGAUGUUUAUAGCUAUGGAAUCAUGCUGAUGGAAGUUUUUUCAAGAAGAAAGCCUAAUGAUGAAAUGUUUGCUGGAAAUUUGAACUUGAAGAGUUGGAUAAAUGAUUCUCUGCCUAAUUCGAUUCUUCGAGUCAUUGAUGCUAAGUUGUUGAAGCGUGAGGAUAAAAAUUUCACUGAAAAGUUGGAGGGUUUUUCAUCCAUCAUGGAAUUGGCCUUGAAAUGUGUUCGUGAAUCUCCAACUAACAGACUCAGUAUGAAAGUUGUUCUUGAAACACUGAAGAAGAUCAAACUCAAAUUCUUGCAAGUAAUGUAG